AUGACAACCGCAAGCACCACCUACUCCUCCUCCUCCUCCUCUUCGGCCCCAACCACCCCCCGCUUCGACUUCUACCAAACAGACACAGCCGUCACCCUCUCUAUCUUCAUCAAAUCCGCUUCCACCGAAACCGUCUCGGUUUCGAUCAAUCAUCAAUCCCUCUUGGUCCGCGCAACAUGCUCGACCAACGGCUCGGAAUACAUGCUCACCAUCGACCCUCUCUUUUCCCCUGUCGACCCAUCUUACUCCUCCUAUAAAGUGUUAUCUACGAAGAUCGAAGUUGUUCUGCACAAAGUUCAACCAGGCGUUCGAUGGGUUGAGCUUCAAGGAGGGGCGCGUAAGGAUGUUGUGAGUUGCGCUAUCACUCCUGCUUGUGCCGCGAGUCAAGCUGCGGAAGCGAACAGGACGGCUACUCCUAGGGCCAGGUCGAAGUGGGAUAGCUUCGAUCCAGAUGCUGACGAGCCAGAGAAUGCUUCGGGUGCAACAGGAGGGAGCGGAGGAGAAGGCGCGGAUGAAGCAGACAUCAACAAGUUCUUCCAAAAACUCUACGCAGAUGCAGACCAAGACACAAAACGAGCCAUGAUGAAGAGUUACCAAGAAAGCGGUGGAACGACUUUGUCAACUGAUUGGAGCAAAGUUGGGAAAAAACAGGUGCAAACUCAACCACCUGAUGGAAUGGAGGCCAAGAAAUGGGAGCAGUAG